AUGCAAACCAGCAGGGCUCCGGCCAUCAGCGUCAGCGCGGAGAGCUGCAUCCCGGCUGGGCUGCGCCUGGGUCCUGUGCCGGGCACCUUCAAACUGGGCAAGUACCUGUCAGACCGCAAGGAGCCAGGACCCAAAAAAAAGGUGCGGAUGGUCAGAGGGGAAUUAGUGGAUGAAGCCGGGAGCUCGGCUCUGGAAUGGAUAGGGUUAAUCCGAGCGGCCCGAAACUCCCAAGAGCAGACACUGGAGGCUGUUGCGGAUCUGCCAGGAGGACAGAUUUUCUACCGGGCCCUGCGAGAUGUCCAGCCGGGAGAGGAGCUUACCGUCUGGUACUCCAACCCUCUGGCGCAGUGGUUUGACAUCCCCGUCACGGCCACGCCGACGCACGACGAGAAAGGGGAGGAGAGGUACAUCUGCUGGUACUGCUGGAGGACCUUCAAAUACCCCAACAGCCUCAAGGCCCACGUCCACUUUCACUGCGCUCUGAGCCACGGCCGGCCCUUCCUCCAUCACGACCACGGCCGGCCCGCUGCCACCGCCUUCGGCCUGCCCCCUAAGGAGCUGCCGGCCGCCUCACUGCGCGGCCACCCGCCGCCCGGCUGCGGCCCUCGGGAGGCCGUCAAGCGGGAGGCCGUCGUCGCCUCCCCGCCGCUCGCAAAGCCGGCGCUGCCCAAGCGGGCGGCGGGCAAGGAGGAGCAGGAGCGCGCCCUGGACAUGAGCGUGGGGGCCGCCCGCGGGCCGGGGCCGCUGCUGGGGCCGGCGGGCGGCAACGGGCUGGCGCUGUGCCCCGGGGCGCGCUCGGCCUUCCGCCCCGCCGGGUCGCUGCGGGAAGAGGCGCGGGGCGCCGCCGCCCUCGGCUUCUCCAAACUGCUUGGGGGACUGAAGGCGGGACGCCCCGCCGCCGAGGCGCCGCCGAAGUGCGGAGCGCUGCCGGGUGAGGCCGCCCCGCAGGCGGCGGCGGCGGGGCUGGCUUGCGGCGGCGGGCUGCGCGCCUUCCCGCUGCUGUCGCCGCUGGAGGAGGUCUCGGCCUUCCGGCAGGUGGAGCGGGGUCUGCCCGCUGCCGCGCUGCCGCCCGCCCGCUACCCGCCUCUGCCCGGCGGGGCCCUGGAGCGCUUCGCGCUGCCGCCCUUCGAGGGGCUGAAGGCGUACGCGGGGGAGUGCGGGCUGCCGGUGAUGCCGCUCACCGUCUACAACGGGGAGCUGCUCUACGGGGCCGCGCCCUACUACCCGCUGAAGCUGCACCUCGGCGGCCUCUUGAAGUACCCUGAGUCGGUGUCGUACUUCGCGGGGCCGGCGGCGGGUCUGCACGCCGCAGAGCUGGGCUCACUGGCCAGCAUCGACCGGGAGAUCGCCAUGCACACGCAGCAGCUCUCCGAGCUGGCGGCCGAGAAAGGUCGAGGGAGGCUGGAGACGCUGCCGGCGGGGGCGGCCGGGGCGGCCGGAGGGAAGCCCAAGACCGGGCACCUGUGCCUGUACUGCGGGAAGCUGUACUCCCGCAAGUACGGGCUGAAGAUCCACAUGCGGACUCACACCGGCUACAAGCCGCUUAAGUGCAAGGUCUGCCUGCGCCCCUUCGGGGACCCCAGCAAUCUUAACAAACACAUCCGACUGCAUGCCGAGGGCAACACGCCCUACCGCUGCGAGUACUGCGGCAAGGUGUUGGUGCGACGCCGCGACCUGGAGCGGCACGUCAAAUCCCGGCACCCGGGGCAGACCCUCGGCAAGGCGGCCGAGGACAAGAGUGACUCUGGCUAUGCGCAGCCCGAGCAGGAGCAAAAGACUGAUAACGAGAGCGAUGUGGAUGUCUGCUUCACCGACGACCAGAGCGACCCUGAGAGCGGCAGCCGGCACCGCGAGCAGUGA